AUAACCUUAAUUAAUGUGGGACUAAUUUCAUGAUGAAUUUCAAGGAAUUAUGUUCAAUAUUCGAUGAACUUAAACAAAUCAAAGGCCAAAAUGACAAAUUCAAGUACUUGCGGGACAAAUUCCAGCAAAUUCGACAUGAUCUCCAAAACAAUCCAACAGAUUUCUUCCAAAUUUUCCGCCUCUUCCUGCCGAAAUUGGACAGAGAACGUGACUCCUAUCACAUGAAAGAAGCAAAAGUGGCAAGAACGCUCAUCAAAAUGCUCGAUUUACCUGCAGGAAACGACAAAAACGUCCUAAGCAAAUCAUAUCUGAUGGCAGGACAAGCCACGGAUUUUGGAGAUGUGGUUUACUCAGUCAUCAGAAAGUAUUUGUCCAAUCAUAAGACUACAUUGACUGUUCAAGAAGUGAAUAAAUCGUUGGAUGAUUUGACUAAAAGAAAAGGUGAGUCGGAAGCUGAAGAAAUCAUGAUGAAAAUGUUCAAGAAAGCUUCACCAGAACACACAAGAUGGAUAAUACGGAUCAUACUGAAAGACUUGAAGUUAGGCAUCAGCACAAACUCCAUCUUGAACUGUUACCACAGAGAUGGAGGCUCUUUCUACUCUUCGAAUAAUAACCUUCGAAAAGUGUGUGAAGUACUAGCAGAUGAAAAUGUCAGACUGCAUGAGUUAGAAAUAGAAAUUUUUGAUGCAUUCAGACCAAUGCUGUCUAAGAAAAUUGAUGUUAGUAAUUUCAAGAAAGAGUUACCAGAGAACAAAACUUUUUUUAUUGAGAAUAAAUUUGAUGGUGAAAGGUUCCAGUUGCACAUGAAAAAUAAUGUGUUCAGGUACCUUUCAAGGAAUGGUUUUGAUUAUACAGACCAAAUGGGAAAAACUUAUGAUACAGGUAUUUUCACUCCCAAACUGAAGGCCCUUUUCAACAAAACUGUGAAAAGUGUUAUACUUGAUGGUGAACUGAUGCUAUGGCACAAACAUUCCAAAAAAUUCGGAUCAAAGGGCAUGACCUAUGAUGUGAAAAAGCUGUCUGAAAAAGAUCCCUACCAGCCCUGUUUCUGUAUAUAUGAUAUAAUUUUCUUGAAUGACAAAGUUCACACCAAUACCCCUUUGAGAGAACGUGUGGAAAUGUUGAAGACAGUUUUUAGAACUGAAAAACCAGGCACUUUGGUUUUGAGUGUAGUGAAGGAGGUGAAUUCUAGGCAAGAGAUUAUUGAUGAACUGAAUUUGUCUUUAAAGAAGGAAGAAGAAGGAAUUAUUGUAAAAGAUCCAGAUUCGAUCUAUAAAUAUAGUGACAGGAAUAGUGGAUGGUACAAAAUGAAAUUGGAGUAUUUUCAGGAUGUCAUGAACGACCUUGAUCUUAUAGUAAUGGGAGCCAAAUAUGAAUCAUCCACCUCCGUAAAACUCAACUCUUUCACAGUAGGAAUAAGAUCAGGAAUCGCUAGCAACGGAAAACCCCUCUACCUGUCAUUUGGAAAAGUCAGCAGUGGCCUCAACGACGAACAACUCGCAAUGCUGAACAAUAAAAUCAAAACCCAAGGCAAAAACUUCGAAAAUUUCGACUCCGUCAACCUCAACUUUGGCAAAGACACGCCCAACUGGUACAUCGAACCGCAACACUCGCUAGUUUUCCAAGUGCGAGCCUCAGAAUUGAUCCGUCACACAGACAACUCCUUCAAAACUCCUUUCACCCUGAGGUUCCCCAGAGUACUCCAAAUACGCGAAGACAAACCAGUGGACGAGUGUCUAAACAUCAAUGAACUGUUAGAGUUGACAAAGAGCAACAAAUUUGUGAUCAAACUCAACAAACGCGGCAUCGACUUAGAGGAAAUCCUGACAGUCAAAAAGAGGAAAACUACAAAACAAGCCCCGCAAAUGCCGACUUUCUACGACACCAAACAAGUCUCAGACAUACUCGAAGGAUACAACGUCUACGUUCUGAGCGGGACUCAGAAAUGCGACAAAGAAAAAGCGGAAAGUCUCAUCAAGCAAGCUGGGGGCAAAGUCAUGUACCGACCCAAAGAACAAGUCGAUAUUAUCCUGGCUUCUGAGCGCUCAGAAAAGGUGAGGCAACUUGCUCAAAAAAGACCCAGAUACGAUAUUGUGAGCUUGUCUUGGCUGGAAAGAGUUUUGCAAGACGGGAACCUUUUGGGUUACGAUCAAUCGGAGGUGUUUUACUUGGGAUGGAACUACAAGAAUUCCUUAUCUAAUGAGCUGGAUAAAUACGGGGAUAGUUUUCUAGAGGAAACUACGAUCGAGAAGCUCAAAGUUACUUUUGAGCUGGUUUCUGACUCUGGUGACUAUUCCAAUUUGGGUCAGUUGGUACGGCUAGAGGGAAGAAAAUAUUUCAAUAAAUACACUGCAUAUUUUGAUAAAUUUGUGAUACCUGAUGACUUGGAUUCUGGGAUUGCUUACCAUAGUUACAUAGAUGAACUUGAAUUUCAGUAUUAUGGUGGGACAGUUUGUGAACGAAUAUUGGAAAACGUAAAUUUGAUUGUGUUUGAUGGUGACAGUAAAAGAAAAAAGUUGCUAGAGAAAUAUUUGAAAUCCAAGGGUAGGGAUGACAUUGUAAUUUUAUCAAAAAGUUUCAUUUAUGAAGAAUAAAAUCAGAGAUAAUUUGGGGAGUUGUUGCUUUUUUAAUAUACUUUUAGUAGAAUGCAAACACUGAAUUAUUAUUAUUAUAGGUAGA